AUGGUGGGAAUCCUCAAGAACAAUCCAGAGACCACCUCCAAAGACCUGCAGCAUUACAUUGCUGCAGAUAUCACUGUGCAUCGUUCAACCACUCGGCGCACUCUGCACCAGGAGAAGCUCGAGUAUGGAAACUUGCAGCUCAACGGCACAUCCUUGAAUGCCAUCGUAAAGGUGGGGCGGGUGACCUCUGUGACGGUGUCUCCGGUUGUAGAAAACAAGGUUGCUCUGCAGUUUGGGGACUUUACCCAGACAUGGACCAUAACAAUCAGCCCACGCACGAAGGUGAUCAAAAUCAAAGGCAGGCAUAAACCUGAGGAGAAGCCAACAAAGGCAACAAAGGGCCUUCUGGAGAUGCUUGAUCUCUCUGAGGUGUUUGCAUGUGAAAGUGGUGCAAUGUUUCUGCACCAGGAGGAGAACUUCUUCCUUGCUGUUGGUCACACGACUCGUUUCCCCAUCAAGCUGGAGUCCAGGAGUCCUUUCAUGUUACUGGUGUCCUGGAUGGUGCACAGUCCAACCGUUCGCCGUCCUCACAAUGUGACCCUUUUCCACAAUGAGAUUGGAUCCUAUCAUCCCUACAUGGAGGACAUCACCACUAAGAACCAGUACCGCUUCACCGCCUUAGACCCAUGCAACAGCUACAUGGUCUGUGUGGAGAUUUCCAACUCUCACUCCUUCACAUGCCUCUCAACUAUUACAGACCCAGAUGUUCCGAAGUAUUUUGAUGUGACGUCAUGGAACAGCAGCAGCAUAUCGUUGGCGUGGGACUGCCCUGAAAACCUGAAGUACUCGUCGUUCUUCCUCACCAUCUUCUACCUUAACGGUACGGACCAUGUCACUGAGGAGGCGGAGCUGUGGCUGACGGAUGACAGCUUCACGUUCACCAUGUCUGAGCUGCAGCCCUGCGUCAGGCUCAGGUUUGGCCUGCAGACUGUCUGCCAGGCAGGGUUGGAGUCCCGUUACAGCAGGAUGGUGGAGAACGAAGGAAACUCUGACUUCUCCAGGAUUUAUUGGUUGCGUCAGACUUCAAUUGGCUCCAGAAACUACACCCUGAGCUGGGAGGUGAGGAACACCUCCUCCAUCUCCAUGUUUAGGGUUUACCAUCAGGGGGCGCUGCAGGACACCACUCUUCUGACCACACACACCGUGGCAGGGCUGCUGCCAUGCCAGACGUACCAAGCCAAGGUGGCGGCGGUGUGCGGCGACAACGUCCUCAUGAGUGUUGGAACAGUCGCGGCGCACACAGGACCUGGGGGGGUGUCUGAGCUCAGGUACCGCUCCAGUGAUUCUACGGCCCUGUGGGCGCCCAGCAUCUCCGGUCAGCAGGAUGUGGUUUACCUUUACCAGCUCUCCCUGGAGAGCGGCUCUGCCGUGGAGAGCAGCAGGGUUUCCGACUCAGAGCUGCCUCUUCCAGGGCUGGAGGCGGGAAAACCCUACAUCCUGGACGUUUGGGAGGAGUGCCACGGUCUGUGGGAGUCAGAACCUUCUCGUUUGUAUUUCAAAGGAGCCAAUCUGACUUCUGGCGUCGACGUGAGGGGUGUUGUACCCCUUCAGACCAAUGAGCUGCAGUCCGAUUUUGACAGCAUCGGUCUGAGGAUGGUGGUUCCCUGGUCUCCGACAGAUAAUCUACAGGAUGAUUCUUUAGAAUCCAGAGAGAAAAUGGUGCAGAUUCUUAAAGCUAAGUUGGAGGAACUGCUGAAGGACUUCGAUCACCCGGCCCACAUUGAGCUGGAUUCCUUGAAACCAGCGGACGAGCAAGGAAAGACGGUGCUGCUGUUUAAGUCCUUCGACGCCUCCAACUCCCAGGAAGACGUCGCCUUGCCGGUCGACGAUCAGCUCGCCCACAUCCGUUCACUCAAUAGGCCUGAGAUCAGUGUGAGGAACGGGGUCAUUUACGUGGACGACUUGUGUGCCUCCCAGAAACCCGUCUGCCCGCCUCAUUCUGUAUGCAUCAACCAGCUGGGCUUGUACUCCUGCGUUUGUGCAGACGGUUACUAUGACGUCGGCUCUUUACUGGACCUACCUGCAGCCUCACAUCCGGUCUGCAAAGAUAAAGGGCUUUUCAGCCAGUGUCUGGAUAAGGUGAUGACGGGUGGAAUAGCAAAGGCCUACCUGGCUUCUCUUUUUGGGGGAAAGUUUGAGGUGAAACUGAACGACGGCCGAUGUCCUGUGAAUGAAACGGACAUCCUGUACUACUUCAAAACCUCACGAAACCCACUCGAGUGUGGAAUAGAGAAACAGGUGAACAAAACUCACAUCGUUCUCCAGAAUUUCCUGAGCAUCAGUCUGACUAAAGAGCACACGAUCAGCCGGCGGGAUCUCAAAGUUGUCUGGAAGUGCAUCUACCCUCGACAUUAUCUCCAAAACGCUCAAGUUGGUGCUGAUAUGGAAUGGCUGUCCUCUCUGUCCUUUGUGGAGUUUAACUCCUCAGUGCAGCUGGGAUUGAGCAUGCACUUGUUCAAGGAUUCCUCCUACACCCAGGCUUACAUGGAGCCUGUUGAGCUGGGACAUGAGGACACCUUGUUCUUCCAGGUCGCCCUUCAGGCCAACAGGUCGUUUGCCUCAGAGGUCCUGCUGCAGAUGGAGUCCUGCUGGGCCACAGAGAGCCCAGACCCACAGGAUGCGGUCCAGGCAUCUUUUCUUGAAGAUGGGUGGACAGUCUCAAAGGCUUACAGAUACUCUUUCUAUUAUCAACUGUUAAAAACUGCUCUGUGA